AUGGCUACCUUGGAUAAUGCGAAUCCUACAAUCCUGAGUGCUUCGCAGUUGCCGACCCGGCAAAAGAAGGCUGAGCCACGUCGUGGUCCUGAGUCGAAAUACGACGAUAUCAUCUUCGCAAAGCCAUCCUAUCUGUCAGGUCCUUUUAACGGCCCGACUUCUGCAGCAUGGCCUCAAUUGAACGACCAACACGAUGAAUUUUCAUCUGAAGCCAUUGAUGAGCAAGAGAUUUAUGAUCUAAUCUCAACAAUCUCGGAUCCUGAGCACCCGGUUUCACUGGGCCAGCUGUCAGUGAUCAACCUCUCUGAUAUCCACAUCACUCCUUCUCCCGCCUUUGGUGUUCCUGACCCAAACACAAUCGUGCAGGUGGUUGUGGAGAUCACACCAACCAUCACCCAUUGCUCAUUGGCCACUGUCAUCGGACUUGGAGUUCGAGUUAGACUCGAGCAAGCACUGCCGCCCAACUACCGCGUGGACGUGACCUGCAAGGAGAACAGUCAUAACCAAGAUGAUCAAGUGAACAAGCAGUUGGGCGACAAGGAGCGAGUUGCUGCUGCUUUGGAAAACGAUACCCUGAAGGGAGUUCUGGACAAGAUGCUGGAAACAUGCGCCUAG